AUGGCCUCUCAAGGCCAAGGGUGGACAAUGAAUUUAUGUAAAGCAGGCAAACUCGGAUUGGCCGUGCUCCUUCUCGUGAUUGAAGUCACGGACAGUCUACAUAUUGAAGAUGUCUUCAUCCCCAUGUAUCCCACGCAAAACCAGACCAUCACCAUGGAUUGUGUAUACAAGCUUAGUGAAGGUGAAUACGUGGACUCGAUCAAGUGGUACAAGGACAAUGAGGAGUUUUAUCGUAUCUUGCCCAAUCCACACCGUGAACGGGAUAAAGUGGUCAUCUUCAAGAAGCCUGGAAUCAAUUUGGACCGUCAAAACUCCGGGCUGCUAAAGGCUGGAACACACCAAUUGGUUCUCAAGAACUUGACCUUGAACGCCACCGGACGGUACAUGUGUCAAAUCACCGAGAGCAAACCUCCAUUCCACACGGCUCAAAUGGAGAAGAAUAUGCAUGUGAUAAUUCCUCCUGAUUCUGGUCCAGAGAUCCACAGCCUUGGUAAAGCCUAUACCGUGGAUACAGUCAUCGACGUUCUUUGUACCUCAGGCAAAUCAUAUCCCGCACCUCGGCUGGACUUCUUCAUCAACGAUAAGCCGGUUGGUGAGCAUUUUAUAACCAGAUACCCCAACCAGACGUUUAUCAAUGGGCUUCAAACGGCUUCCAUUGGACUUCAGUAUCCGGUCAAGGCCAAAAACAUCAUUUCAGACGAUAUGAGCCAACUGAGCAUUAAGUGUCGAGCCAAAAUUUGGGACGCAUACUGGCAGAGCGUGGUCCAAAAAACCACUUUCAAGCGUUUGGGGAGGAUGCUCGAGAGUCGCUCCAAUGGAGUUCCAACCAAAGGGGCGUCUCACCCGAUCCAUUUCGCUGGAAUGACAAUGGUUAUUUCAAUAUUGAUGGUCCAUUAUCACCUCCUACCAUUGUUUGAAGGGAAUCCUCAUCAUCUCGCCCUGAAUGACAGGAGAUGAAGCUCUCUAGAAAACUUCUCAUCCAACAUCAUCCAGACUGUGAUAGACAAACUCAAUUCAAGGUCGUUGCCUUCAAAGGAGACCGUCUCAUACGCCAAUUUGAAUGAUGACAAAAGACAAAAGGAUUCGGGUUGGGAGCGGGGUGAUGAAAUGACGAAAAAGGAAGAGACCCUUUUGCUCCUCGGUUCCACGCCUCCCUUCAAUGGCAGUUGCCUCAUGCUGGUCUCUCCUUUGGGUUCCCAUUUCUAUGCAAAUCUUAACAUUGUCAACAUCGACAUUUGGCGCCAUUUUCUACCCUUUGGUCCUACUCCACCUUCUCCAACUCGCCUGCGCUCACUUUUGUGGUGAGUGUUUACUCAACAAAUAUCAUCACUGGAGCUCGUUUUCCUAUCUCCGUGAACCUUCAAGCAUGAUGGCAAUGGAACGGUCCAUCCGCAAGGGAACCAAGACACUCGCAAUUACGAAUAUGCCGAUGACCUGACAAAUCCACACGAGCUCGUGAGUGGCUCUCCAAGCCAUAAUGAUGAAAACCUUGGCUAUCUCGCUCGACCCAGCCGGCAGCGUCAAGUGUUCCAUGUGUAUCCUUCGAGGAACCGAUUGUGGUGUGCGGCUUCAGCACGAUGUUCCUACCGCGCAAAAUGUCACCUGAAGAGAUGGUGGAAGUUUUUCCCUUCUUUGGGCUCUCUUUGAAAUGCAAAUCGAUUAAGGCAGAUUGCAAGCCUCCCCUAGCUGGCUAUUGAGAGUCCUCGAGCGCACAAAGGAGGCUGCAGGGCAACAAAGUGAUAGCCAACUUCGAGGUUGUUCCCCGAGGAAUGGAUGGCUCUCUGCCCGAUGCCCAACCGAUCGUCAAGCAACGGGUUAUCUGAGGGGGCAAAAAGUUUUCCUCGGCCUUGACUUCCUCACCUCCUGAGAUACAUUCGGUGCGUUCUUCUUCCCGCUCCACCUUCUCAAAGGGCCCAAGGCUUCUUGAUGAUAGUUCACCCUCACUUCCACCAAGAGGAGCAGAUGGAUCAAGAAAAGUUUUCAAAUCGGAGGCGAGUGCCUUCGACUUCGGCUUCAAUCUCCCUGGGGUUUGACACAAACGAGAAGGCAUUAAACACGAAAGCGCAACAAGCUAACUUACGCAUUUGGAGCGAGGGCUGAUGAGUACCUUCGCAUCAUCUUGUUGGCUGGCUCAUACAUACAAUGAGCAUCAAGUCGAUUCAAAUGGGAUCCUCCAAAAUGAGACACUCAGGUUCGACCAGAUUCUUUCAAACACGCCUUCGUCACCGGCGUCAAGAUCAGGGCUUCCUCGUAACUAAUCUCUCCUGGCCAACUGAACCAACAACAACGAGCAGCAAGAUGCAACCCUUAGCUUGAAGCGAAACAAACGUUUAUCAGAAUUACAUCCAAGCUAAACUUUCCAGAGAACCUCAGGGUAGCUUGUUGAAGCCUGAUGAAGCAAAGGGGAUUCGGGAUUUCUUUUCUACAGGAAAAGCUGUCAAAAACCAGGAGAUGUCAUGAGAACAAGCCUCUGGGAUGUGGACGUUUUUGGCAUUCCAGAGAUUCCUCCAAGUCCUCUCAAAUUAAAUGAAAGCCCCGCCAAAAGAGCGACAAGGGCAAGCGGGCUCCCACCGUCAAAGUUUGCUCAGUGGAUGAUGGCAUCAGUGCAUGAAGGGGAAUGGUCAUUCUCCCCUCUUGUCUUUGGCUCUCUUUCUUUCUCCACAGCCUCUCGUCCACUAAAUGGCUCGCUCCUGCAGCAAUUGGAUUGAAAAAAGGAAAGGGAAAGAAUUUUUCAAUUAAAGACCCAUUUUGCCCUUGACAGCCUCAAAGCUUGAUCUGCCAAAGAAUGUUCAAAUCCAACCGUCUCUUUCUCUUUCGCUCUCAAAAGAGUCGACCUUGUUCCAAUUGGAGUCAUUGAAGGAAGCGAUUCUUGCGGGAACAGAGGUGAAAAAAACACAUUCGUUCACUAAAAGACCUGGAGGUCUCACGGGAAAGUCACUAUCGCACAAGUUAUAAGAUUCUGAACCCAAUCUGGUUCACGUUUAUGCAGACAAAUGGAUGAAGUCCCCUACUUCACUGUUUCUCUGGAAGGAGUGUCCCAAAAGUGUUCCGCGUUCCCCUGGCGAGUCAGUCACUCCACUUGGCAUUGUGGCGCAAACGAGACAAAUUUCAGCGAGUCGGUCGGUGGUGUGAGUUGGAUCGAAUAUCUUCCCGUUUACGUGCCAUGAAUAACCAAUGAACCAAGAGCCACUAUCAGGACUGGCUACCAAUGCCAAUGGCAAAGGAGGAUCAUCACGGUUCCAGGCACCAAGAAAGUGAGAAUGGCGAAUAGCUUACGAAUUGUUGUGCAAAACCGUGCUAAGCUUGGCCUCACUUGGCUGUGCUUCUUGGCCUUUCUUGGGCUAACUGUCCAAAGACGAUGGGCGUGAAUCGAUUAAUGGAGUGUCGUUCACCUCCUCUCGAAACGAAAAUGAAUAGACGCUCCCCACUGAGAAAACAGACAGAUAAAACGUUGAACUGUGAUUGAACCCCGGACAUUGAUGUACUUGUAUUUCGAAAUUUUGUGGGUGGGUGUUAGCCAUUUCAGAUUACUACUAUAGAUGUUAUACACUACCACGUACUACGUACAUUGCUUAGCUCAUUUUUGCUCAUGAUGAUUAUCAUUACCAAUAUUAUUAUCAUUAUUACUAUUAUUAUUGACAUCUGUACUUUUGAAACCCGAACCUUUACUUCCGCUCUCAGAAAAAUCAUACGGCAAAAACCCAUUUUGCAUUCCAUCGUCGACUUCCAGUGGAACGUCCUCUCGUAUAAUGUGAGAAACACCGACCACUUCACACUUAUAUGUCUGUAACGUCUUCAGGGACGGAUUAUUACUGAAAUAAAGAUUGCUUUCUCAACGUUAAAAUUUCGUAUCUACCACCAUUUUGCAAAGUUUGUCAAUCCAUUGUAUUUAAGAGCAAUCGUCGAAGCCUUUUGUUUAGAAUCAAAACAGAGCUUUGAA